AAAGAAAAGGACUCCACAAGGGCAAAAGUGAACCCAUGAUUCCAUGAAUACGUUGACAAGAGGUUGAGUCGACGACAACGAAGGCGCCAACUACCAUUUUUCAAAUUACUUAGCUUUAUCACUCCAUACUCUUUCUUGCUUUCCACAAAUUUUCUUCCUUGUCAUUUCUCACUAGUACAAAUUUUCUUUCUUGUUUUUCUCCUUCUUCUCGAAUAAUUUCAAUCGAAAACCCUAGAAAUUUCUCAGUGCCCAAAAAUGGGCGAAAAUUCGCAACAAAUCGAUAUAAAGCAGCUACUUUCUUACUGCGACGACCUCGUUGGAGUUCUUAGAGAUAAUAGAACUUUUGAUGUAUUAACUCAAUGUGUUGAGCAAUCUAAAUCCAUCCAAUCUUUUUCUGAUUCUGAUUUCAACACUACCCAGAUCUCAAUUUCAGAUUAUCAGAAAAAGAUAGAUGAUUGCAAGCAUAAAAUAGAAGUGGCACGAUCUGAAGUAGUUUCCAGUGAAGAAAUAGACCGCCUUCAGGAAGAGCUCAAGGAGGAACUCAAAAAAGAGCGUUUGCUUCGAGAGGAUCUUAGAGAAAUCGUUGACAAGAUUAAUGACCUAGAUCAUCAGCGGUAUUCAAUAGAGGAACAGAGUCAGAGGCUGAAAAAACUUGAAGAAGAACAAGAGAAAGAACAGAGGAAACUUUCUUUUUAUGCAUCUGUCACAAAGACUAUUCCAAAUCUGGAGAGUAAAUCAAAAAUCUCUGGACAUAUUGUGGAGCGUGAUAAGAAGGCAGUGCAGAAGUUCGAAUUCGAUCCACUGCAGGAAGAUGCCUUUGACAUAUGCAACAAGACUUGGAAGAUGAUAAAUCAAUAACUCGGUUGGUAGCAUUCCUCCAUGCAACAUGUUAUAUCCAUCUAAUGUAUGAUUGUAUCAUUUUGCAAUUCAUUUAUUUUCUUGCAGUGAGACUAGCUUUCCUGUAAAGUUUGCAAUUCAGAGCUUGCUUAUUAGUUCUUAGUUUGGAUCUUAGGUGUAUUGUAAUUAUAUGCUUUUGAAUGGAGAUUAAUUGAUCAAAAGUACUUGUCAAGGCCGCAA